GUCGCAAACUGUUUCACUGGCAUGUUGCAGAAUGAACUCUUCGAAGAAAAGGAAAGAUAAUUCCUUUAACGUUGCAUUAAAUAAUGCCAAACAGAUAAAGUCUAGCUCAGAAAUUAGAAGCAAACUGUUAAAUAAGUUUUUCUUAGAAGAGGACUUCAAAGUUAAAUUUGCAAAGGCAUUCAGGUAUGUAGAAAGCGUGAAACAUCUGUUGUUUUGAGACAUUGAGUUGUAAUAAUUUGAGCAUUUUCCUGUAAUGUCAGCUGAUUUAAUUCAUGUCUUUUCUCUAGGAAUGUGGAGAGUUUUAAUGGUGAGCGUCACACCCCGGUAUAUUGUCUCUUUAAAAUGCUUUUGUGCGACAUUCAUGGUUAAGUGAAUCAUUUUUUCUUUUUUAUCUUUUUCAAUAGAAAAAGGAUCAGUCAUACAUAAAUCGCCAUUUAAGUGCUGUCUUAUUCCUAACUUUAUCUCAGAUGAAGAAUUUUUAGAGGCUUUAGAAAAGGAACUUAUUCAACUUAGGUUUUUUCAGAAGUCAAAUGACUUAUAUAAAUUUCACCAGGUAAGCUGGUAAAAAGAUUUGUUGUAACUUUCUUAACUUCUUAAUAUUAUUAUCUUCAAAUUCUUGUACUUUGCAAUCUUUACCUUAAUUAAUUGACUUUGCUUGCCUUACAUACUUUAGAGUGACGACUUAAAAAAGUCAUCCAAGCCAAAUAUCACUUCUCUAAGGUUUGCUCAUUAGGUUUUUUUGCUACCAACAGCUGUAAAAUACUAGUAAAUGAUCAUAUACAACAACAACAACAACAACAAUCUUUAUUUGUACUCACUCUCUUGCUCAACAAUAAAUUUUGACAAUGAAAAUGUUACUAGUAAAAUUAGAGUACUGGCUGCCAGGAAUAACCAUGAUAGGGGCUAGCAGAGACAGGCAGCCAGUUGACAUCAGCAUCAAAAAGAAAAUAUAAUUUAAAGCUCAGCAAGAUAAUGCCUUUUUCCCCGCUGACUGCUCUGGAGUUUAAGGUUUAAAAAAAUGAAUAUGUUUCUGUUACAGUAAAUGGUCUAAAAAGGACAUGGUGAGACAUGGUUCAUCUUGAAAUGAUAAUGGUAGUGUUAACAACUGUUAAAUGUUGAUUGAACUGAGUACUGAAUGAUAAUCAUAUGGAGGCUCAUUAUCCAAUUAAUUAUUGUUAAUUAUUUUAUUUUCUCAGGAACAUAUUAUAUAAUGAGUUUAGAAUGUGGCUCCAGGACAUAACUGGUUUUGCUGAUCUCACUGAUCAAGUUGACAUGUCAUGCUCUAAAUAUGAACAUACAGGUGAAUAACUCAUGUCAUGACUGCUUGAUUCUCCCUACUGAUUGCCUUAAUCUUUUUUGUGAAACAAAAAGAGAAUUUCAAUUUAGAUCAGUCCCUUUAAUUAGCCAUUACAUUCAUAAUGCUGUCAAUGUCAGGUCAGAUCCUCACUGUUUUAGGUAAGCGUCUGCAGCAAGUAUUUCUGAAGGAGUUGUUCUGAAAAUUCACAGCUGGAAAUCACACUGAAACUUUUGCUCUGAACUCCCAUAAAAAUUUUUGCCACCCAGGCCAGUGUCCUGUAAACUAUAUAUGGUUAUAUAAAAGUCCUACUAACAAAAAAAUAUUUGAUGUUUAAGAUACAUUGUUAUGCCACGAUGAUGAACUUGAAGGAAGACGAAUUGCUUACAUAUUUUACUUGGUUCCAGAUGACUGGGACAAAAGUGAUGGAGGUAUUGUUCACAUUUUCUCUCAAAACAAUAAAUAAUUGAUUCGUUGGACAAGUGUUUAAAUUAAAUAUUAACAAAAAGAGGAUUUGUUGUCGGGGAUCUACCUAAUGAUAUUAAUAUUGUAAUGCUUGAAAGUAUGAUAUUAUUUAUUUUUGAAUUUACUCUUUUCCUUUUUCUUAGGAGCCCUUGAUCUAUUUUCAACAGAUGGUAAGGAAAUAGUUAUCAUGCACUUGAAGAAGUCGUGGUUGUCUUUUUUUAUUGUUUUUGGAAUUUAAAGUUGAUUUUAAUUUUCAUUUACUGUAAGUUGUUCCAGAUUCAGUACCAUAUGAUUUUAUUUAGUCACUUGUUCAUCUAAUUUUUCAUAUUAAUUUUUCUGACAUCAACAGAACAUGGCCAACCAGAUCAAAUUACAACAUCAUUAGUUCCUCAGAGGAACUCCUUGGUUUUCUUUGAAGUGACUCCUGUUUCAUUUCAUCAGGUUUGUAAAUCAAACAUUGCAUUAACUGUCUGCAAACCUAUGUGUAGAUGACUGUAACUCUCUGAGAGCCUUCCACAUAGACUUAGUGGCAAUCCUAUGAGAGGAUAAAACUUACAAAAUUUGUAGGGAAUUGCUUUCCAGUUUAGACCAUGUCUGCUUUAUGAUCUCUUAUCAUAAAUCAUGAGAGACAAUAAAAGAAAUAAUAUACCAUGAUAGAAUCACUGUAAGUUAUCAUGUUGGGUGCAGAGAAGUUGGCUUAACAACUCUAUUGUUUGUCCCAGUUUAGGUUGCUGAAGUGUUGUCACUUAAUAAAACACGACUGUCAAUCAGUGGAUGGUUCCAUGGAGACAACAUUGACAGACCUGUACCCUAUCAAGAGCCACACCCUAAAUCACAAACGCCUUGUGCUAUGGAGGUAAAUAGAGCAGGCUAGUGAGAAUUUGCAUGUGAAAUCAAGGGAUAAUCUUGGUAAAAGUCUUCGUAUAGUAAGAUGGGGUUUAAAUUUAAUAAUUUAUUAAUUUUGUGUGGCUGUAGACUUGCUGUGUUGUUAAAUUGAUUUGUUUUGUGUUUUCAUUUAGGAUGAGGCACUUGUGCAAUGGAUCAACCCCAUGUAUCUUGAUACAGGUGUUGUGAAAGACAUCAGGGCACGAUUUAAAGAAGAGUCAGAAAUACAGCUUCAGGAAUUUCUUCUGGUAAAUUUUUGUUCUGUUACAGCACUUGAAUUAACUUCUAAGCAGCACCAGUUAAGCUGUCCAGUUAAUAUACUCGUAUUUCUGUUUCUGGCUGGUAGAAUAAUUAUGAUCUUUACACAUAUAUGUUGUGGUUGAUUUUUUUAUCUCAGAAAAUUUUUCUUUUUCUUUUGUUUCAACUUCAUUAGCAUACAUUACCAUUCCCAAAAACAAAAGAAAAACAAAAAUUACCUGAGAUAAAAAAUUAACUACAACAUAUACCAAAAGAUUUUCUUUACCAACAAAGAAGUCGCAGAAGGACUGUUGAAAGCAUAAGCCUUCCUUUCACCUUCAAAUAAAACUCUCAUUGCAAAUGAAACUAAAAGUGUAUGAAAAACAUAGGUAAGAGGUAACUUUUGAAUGUGGCUGUUUUCUUUAGGAAGAGAAAUAUCAUGAAGUGUUUGAAGCACUGCACAGUGCAAAUGUUAAUUGGAGAUGGCGAGGGCCAGCCAAUAAAAGGUAACAUAGUCGGUCAGUACAAAAUGCAGACUGUUGCAGACCAUUGUUUUCAUCAUGCAAAAUAGAACAAGACAAGAAUAGUCCCAUUGUUUUCUAACCCUGAAAACAAUGGUCUGCUGUCAGUCUGCAGUCUGCAUUUUGUAAUGUCCAGUAACAUAGUUCAUACAGCAUGGUGGAUGUACAAAUACAGUAGUACCAACCAAAUUAACAUUUUGUUAUUUUGACCAUAUUCUUUGGGCCCAAAUUUCAAAACACUUCUAAAGUUAGGGUUUAGGGCAAAUGACAAAGUUAAUUUGUACUAUACAUGUGACCUGUUUUUUCCACAACCUCAUAAGAGAUAGCCAUAACCUUUCUGGUUAAGAAUGGCUGUGGACGGUUUUUAUUAGCUCAUUUCCGAAUUUGAGAAAUUACAAGCUUGAAUCUGACAUCUGCUGUUUGCUAUUAACGUGAUUUUUAUCUUAUUAUUUUUCCUUGUCUGCACAUUAUCCCAUUGAAAGGUAUUUACAGCAACCUUUACUUUCCGUUAUGUGUUUUCUGGAAAACUAUCAGUUAGGUUGAACCUCAGUUAAUAAUUUGUUUUGUAUUUUGUGGUAGACAUUUCGAACAAGCUGUCAUGGAGUCAUUGCCACCUAUUGUUCAACAGCUGACCAAGUUACUGCAGUCUCAACCGAUGUUCAAAUUACUAAGGACUAUGACAGGACUAGAAAUGGCUGACGUGCCACUUAGUGAUGAUGAUGAUGGUAACAGUGAUGAUGAUGACGGUGAUGAUGGAAGGAAGGUAUGGGGUGAAGAUGGAGAAGUCUGAAUGCAGAAUUCACGCGCGAAAGUUUGUUGCGGGCCCUAAAAGAGGCUAUAAAAUGUUCGCGAAUUUGAGAAAAAGGGAUCUUCGGAUUGUACAGUCAAAGUAAAGGUAGAAAGAUCGUUCAAGAUACACUAAAAUUAGAGAUGAAGACACGAGUCAACCUUCAAGCUCGCUGAUGUGUAGAAUGUCACGUAGGACUUGUUUUUCUUGAUGAAGUAGACAAAGCCAGUUGGUUGUCUUCAUUGAGACUUGUUUCUGUUGAUCACCUUACGUGAAAAGCUGAGUCCGUCGUUAAAUAUUGAUUAUUAUUAAUUUGUUACUAAUUAACGCCAUCUUUAUCUCUAUAGGAUGCUAAUAAAAACAGAGAACAGAUCCCUAGUUGCCAUGGUGAUAUACGCCGUUGGGGGCAUGGUUGUUAUACGUUGAUUCAUGAUACCGAUCCCGAAGGAGCCGAGUUUGCUUUAGAUGCUUUGUUAUACAUCGGUGGGAAAGGUGAGUACACUGCAGCCUCGUUCCCAGUCGUCCUCGGCGAUAUCGGAUGUGACGUCACCUGUCGAGCAAUUGCGCUCAGUUCCAAACCUCUUCCGUCCAUUCAGAUAGCGCGAACUGACCAGGGGACGAGGCUGAGUACUAAACACAAACGAUCUUAACAUGGUCACCGCUCUUCUUUAGGCGGAAAAAGGCGAGAAAGAAAAGGGGCUAGCAACAAAAAUGAAGACGGUGACUGAAAACGGACCUGAGAGAACGGACCUGAAUAAUAGUGCAGGAAUUAGCGAAAAGAAAACUGUAGCAAAGGAUGAAAUGCUAUUAGGUCUAAGUUGUAAACCAAGGGCCUUAUACAAAAAUAAACAACCUACUGAAUUUAUUAUUUAUUAUUUUCCACUCUUUGUUUUGUAAGGUUGGAAGAGCGAUUAUGGAGGAUAUACCACGUAUUUGACCAGCGGAGAAGACGAAGAGGUAUUUUGCAACAUUGUUUGGAAGGAAAAAAAUGUUCCUUCUUAUUGCCAAGUUAAUGGCUAGAAUGUAAGGAUGAUCGACUAAACCUUCUCUAAUCUUCCUUGUAAGGAGUUCGUAUCAAAUACGGAGGUUUCUUCUCAAAUUUUUCUUUUUAAUUGGGAAUUUAUUUGGGAAAAGCUUAUGUACUAUGUGCAUUAUUUUCCUUUGCAAAACAAUAUAAUUUUAUAAUGAAAUGCUGAGGGUCGAAAUUGGAGGCUUGAAAUGCACUGCGCAGCCGCAAUGAUAGUCCCACCCAUUAAAUCGUUACCUUAUAUCGCUUGUUGAGGACCAGCAGUGAACAAGAGAACUUCGCAGUCAAAGAUUGGAGUGUCCUUAGUGAGACAAAUUAAAAAAGAACCCUAACAUUGGGGUAUUCCUUAACUCAAAAAAAAUGUACUUUAUUUGAGUGUAAAUAUAUGUAGCACGAGAGUACUAAUUGAGGGCUCUAUUUUUACGUGAACGCCAUUUCACCAUUGUCAUCCGAGCCGCCCGGAGGUCUAGGGCUCUACUCUACUAACUGAGCUAGUCCUUGCGCUCAACUGUGGCAAAAGAUUACUGCCUGGCGUAACAGCAAGCCACACUGAUUACAAAUCUGUUUGUAUUGUUUCCCGUAGCUGCUAACCGUUCAUCCUCAAGAAAACUCCUUGGCUUUGGUUUACAGAGACAAAGAAACUGUUCGAUUUGUGAAACACAUAAACCAUUCCUUGCUGACCAAUGAGGGCUCUGCUGGCAGACACAUCAACUUUCUUGACUUUUCUUUUGUUUAUUUUGAAUGACGACAAAACAUCAACUCGGUUAAAUCUCCCGUAAUCAACCCUUAAGCAAUUGCUUCAGGGUUUGUUAAAGUUUCCGCUGUGAGGUUAGCUUUUUAAAAGAUCCCAAUAAGCUAUUCUAUAGUUUACUUAAAUGUUUAGCUUGAGUGAGGAAAAAAAAACAGAAAGCAGUAUAAUUUACU